UUCUGCCAGGCCGUGCUCUUGCUCCUUGGUACAGGUGUGCACCAUGGUGUCGCCGUUAUCAUCCUCGCUUCCCCGAUCUCGUCAGUGGCCCCCCCGCCUCGACACCUCUGGAAACGAGAUUGCUUGCUGCUGCCCGCUGGAAGCUUCCCUGGAGCCGACGCUGCAGCACAAAGCGCCGAUGACAUAUGAGCAGCAGGACGGCGCGGUCGAGUGUGCCGGCCUCUUGGAGGGCAAGAUGCGCGCUGCGGGUGCGAAGGUCCACCGCGGUGUGGUGCGGUAUGUUGCUUGGUCCAGCCUGUGA